AUGUACGGCACAUCAACCGGUCCCCAGACCGGGAUCAACACCCCUCGAUCCUCUCAAUCUCUCCGCCCUCUUAUCCUCUCGCAUGGCUCCCUCGAGUUCUCUUUCCUCGUUCCUACUUCGCUUCAUUUCCAUGCAUCUCAGUUGAAAGAUAGCUUCACCGCCUCUUUACCCGAGCCUACAGACGAAUUGGCCCAAGAUGAUGAGCCUUCAUCAGUGACCGAGCUGGUUGCCCGCUACAUUGGUCAUGUGGCCCACGAGCUGGAUGAUGAAGAUGAUGCACAAGGCAACUAUUUGGAUGUCCUGAAGCUCGUCAUGAAUGAAUUUGAGCGUGCCUUUAUGCGCGGUAACGACGUUCACGCCGUGGCAGCUGCGCUCCCCGGAAUCGUUGCUAAGAAGAACCAAGUCGUCGAGGCAUACUACGCUGGGCGAGCUGCUGCGGGCCGGCCCACCAAGCCCUACGACUCGGCCCUGUUCCGGGCGGCAUCUGACGAGGCCGCAGGGAUCUACUCCGUGUUCGGUGGUCAGGGCAACAUCGAGGAAUACUUUGAUGAAUUGCGCGACAUUUACACCACCUACCCUUCUUUCGUCGAGGAGCUGAUCACGGACUCCGCUGAGUUGCUUAAAUCCCUCUCCCACGAGCCCGAAGCUAGCAAGCUCUACCCCAAGGGCUUGGAUAUAAUGCAGUGGUUGCAGGAUCGGGACGCACAGCCCGACAUCGAUUAUCUGGUCUCCGCUCCCGUCAGUCUGCCGUUGAUCGGUUUGGUUCAAUUGGCCCACUACACAGUCACCUGCAAAGUCCUGGGUCGCCAACCCGGUGAUAUUUUGGAGCGAUUCCUGGGUACAACGGGUCACUCCCAGGGUGUGGUGACCGCUGCAGCUAUUGCUACUGCCACCAGCUGGGACUCCUUCCGCAAAGCCGCCCGGAACGCUUUGACUAUGCUGUUCUGGAUUGGUCUGCGCAGUCAACAGGCUUAUCCCCGCACCUCUAUCGCCCCGUCUGUUCUCCAGGACUCGAUUGAGAACGGCGAGGGUACCCCUACCCCUAUGCUGUCCAUCCGCGAUCUCUCUCUCACCGCCGUUCAGGAACACAUUGAUGCUACCAACCAACAUUUGCCUGAGGACCGACACAUCUCCGUCUCCCUGGUCAACAGCGCUCGUAACUUUGUCGUGACUGGUCCCCCUAUCUCGCUUUACGGUCUGAACCUCCGCCUGCGCAAGGUCAAGGCCGCUACCGGACUCGAUCAGAACAGGGUGCCUUUCACUCAGCGAAAGGUCCGCUUCGUCAACCGUUUCCUCCCUAUCACUGCUCCUUUCCACAGCCAGUACCUCUCAUCGGCCUAUGAUCGUAUUAUCGAAGAUCUGGAGGAUGUUGAUAUGCCCGCCAAGUCUCUGGUGAUCCCUGUCUUCCACACCAAGACCGGAGAGGACCUGCGUCAGCUCGGUGACGAGAAUGUUGUUCCCUCGUUGGUUCGCAUGAUCACUCAUGAUGCGGUCAACUGGGAGCAGGCUACCGUUUUCCCCGGUGCUACCCACAUCCUUGACUUUGGACCCGGCGGUAUCUCCGGUCUUGGUGUGUUGACCAACAGAAACAAGGACGGUACUGGUGUCCGUGUCAUUCUCGCUGGUGAAAUGGAUGGAACCAACGCUGAAGUUGGCUACAAGCCCGAGCUCUUUGACCGUGAUGAACAUUCGGUCAAAUUUGCCGUGGAUUGGGUCAAGGAACAUGGUCCUCGCCUUACCCAGACCUCUACAGGUCAAACUUAUGUUGACACCAAGAUGAGUCGUCUGUUGGGUAUUCCUCCAGUGAUGGUCGCUGGUAUGACCCCCACGACCGUCGCUUGGGACUUUGUGGCUGCUACUAUGAAUGCUGGUUACCACAUUGAGCUGGCUGGUGGUGGCUACUACAACGCCAAGACUAUGACCGAGGCUAUCACUAAAAUCGAGAAGGCCAUCCCUCCUGGACGUGGUAUCACCAUCAAUUUGAUCUAUGUGAACCCUCGCGCCAUGGCCUGGCAAAUCCCUCUCAUUGGUCGGUUGCGCGCCGAGGGCGUUCCCAUCGAGGGUCUGACCAUCGGUGCCGGUGUGCCCUCCAUUGAAGUCGCCAACGAGUACAUUGAGACUCUGGGUAUCAAGCACAUCGCCUUCAAGCCCGGUUCCGUCGACGCUAUCCAGCAAGUCAUCAAUGUUGCCAAGGCCAACCCCAAGUUCCCCAUCAUCCUUCAGUGGACCGGUGGCCGUGGUGGUGGCCACCACUCCUUCGAGGACUUCCACCAGCCCGUGCUCCAGAUGUACAGUCGUAUCCGCAAGCAGGACAACAUCGUGCUUGUUGCUGGCAGUGGUUUCGGUGGCUCUGAGGAUACUUACCCCUACCUCUCUGGUAGUUGGUCCGCUAAGUUCGGUUACCCUCCCAUGCCCUUCGACGGUUGUCUCUUCGGUAGUCGCAUGAUGAUCGCCAAGGAGGCCCACACUUCGUACAACGCCAAAAAGGCGAUCGCCGAGGCCCCUGGUGUGGCCGAUGAGGAAUGGGAGAAGACUUACCAGAAGCCCACUGGUGGUGUGAUCACUGUUCUGUCUGAGAUGGGUGAGCCCAUCCAUAAGCUCGCCACUCGUGGUGUUCUGUUCUGGCAGGAAAUGGACCAGAAGAUCUUCAAGCUCGACAAGGCCAAGCGUGUCCCCGAACUGAAGAAGCAGCGGAACUACAUCAUCAAGAAGCUCAAUGAUGACUUCCACAAGGUUUGGUUCGGUCGCAACACUGCUGGCGAGGCUGUCGAUCUGGAGGACAUGACUUACACCGAGGUCGUUCACCGCAUGGUCGACCUCAUGUACAUCAAGCACGAGUCUCGCUGGAUCGAUCCCUCGCUCAAGCGGUUGGCUGGCGACUUCCUCCGCCGUGUUGAGGAGCGCUUCACCACUGCCGAGGGCCAAGCAUCGCUGCUCCAGAGCUACUCUGACCUCGAUACACCCUAUCCUGCUGUUGACAACAUUCUUGCUGCCUAUCCCGCAGCUGCUGAUCAGUUGAUCAACGCCCAGGAUGUGCAGCACUUCCUGCUUCUUUGCCAGCGUCGCGGUCAGAAGCCCGUGCCCUUUGUUCCCGUUCUUGAUGAGAACUUUGAGUUCUUCUUCAAGAAGGAUUCUCUUUGGCAGAGUGAGGAUCUUGAGGCUGUUGUUGAUCAGGAUGUCGGCCGUACCUGUAUUCUUCAGGGUCCGAUGGCUGCUCACUUCUCCAACAUCAUUGAUGAGCCUGUCCAGGAUAUUCUUGACGGUGUUCACCAGGGCCACAUCCAAGGCCUUCUGCGUGAUGUCUACGGUGGUGACAAGUCAAAGAUUCCUGUCAUUGAGUACUUCGGUGGACAGCUUCUGAACACAGAGACCGAGCCAGAAAUCGAUGGUCUCACCAUCUCUGAGGAGUCAAACAAGAUCAGCUUCCGCCUGUCUUCUUCUCCCUCUGCGGUCCUGCCAGACCUUGACCGCUGGCUGGGUCUUCUUGCCGGCAGCGUCUACUCCUGGAGACACGCUCUUUUCUUGGCUGAUGUCUACGUUCAGGGUCACCGCUUCCAGACCAACCCUAUGAAGCGCAUCAUGGCUCCUACGACGGGCAUGCUCGUUGAGAUCUCCAAUCCCAACGACCCUGCCAAGACUGUUAUCAGCGUGCGCGAGCCCUACCAGUCUGGCAAGCUUGUCAAGACUGUUGAGGCCAAGGUCACCGAGAACGGACAGAUCAGCCUCACUCUCUUCGAGGGCCGCACCGCCGAGAACGGUGUUGUUCCUCUGAACUUCCUGUUCACUUACCACCCCGAGACAGGAUACGCUCCUAUCCGUGAAGUUAUGGGUGAUCGCAACGACCGCAUCAAGGAGUUCUAUUACCGUAUCUGGUUUGGCAACAAGGACGUGCCCUUCGACACACCCACCACUGCCACAUUCAACGGUGGCCGUGAGACCAUCACUUCUCAGGCUGUUGCCGACUUUGUUCACGCCGUUGGCAACACCGGUGAGGCCUUCGUUGAUCGUCCUGGCAAGGAGGUCUUUGCCCCCAUGGACUUUGCUAUCGUUGCAGGCUGGAAGGCUAUCACCAAGCCCAUAUUCCCUCGCACCAUUGAUGGAGAUCUGCUAAAGCUGGUCCACCUGUCUAACGGCUUCAAGAUGGUUCCUGGCGCCCAACCCCUCAAGGUCGGUGAUGUCCUGGACACUACUGCCCAGAUCAAUGCCGUCAUCAACCAGGAGUCUGGUAAGAUGGUCGAGGUUUGCGGCACCAUCAAGCGUGAGGGCAAGGCUAUCAUGCAUGUGACCAGUCAGUUCCUCUACCGGGGUGCCUACACCGAUUUCGAGAACACGUUCCAGCGCAAGGAUGAGGUCCCCAUGCAAGUCCACCUUGCCACCAGCCGCGAUGUUGCCAUCCUCCGCUCGAAGGAGUGGUUCCGCAUGGACGACUCUGACACCGAGCUCCUCGGUCAGACCCUGACUUUCCGUCUGCAGAGCUUGAUUCGUUUCAAGAACGCCACCGUCUUCAGCAACGUCCAGACCAUUGGCCAGGCUCUCCUUGAGCUGCCUACCAAGGAGGUCAUUCAGGUUGCGUCCGUUGAAUAUGAGGCCGGUGACUCUCAUGGUAACCCUGUCAUUGACUACCUCCAGCGUAACGGAACCUCCAUUGAGCAACCGGUGUACUUCGAAAAUCCCAUCCCUCUCAGUGGCAAGACCGCUCUGGAGCUGCGCGCCCCCGCCUCCAACGAGACCUAUGCUCGUGUCUCCGGUGAUUAUAACCCCAUUCACGUGUCGCGUGUCUUCUCUAGCUACGCCAACCUUCCUGGAACUAUCACCCACGGCAUGUACAGCAGUGCCGCUGUUCGCAGCCUUGUCGAGACCUGGGCUGCCGAGAACAACAUUGGCCGUGUUCGUGGCUUCCAGGUAUCGCUGGUUGGCAUGGUUCUGCCCAACGACAUGAUUACCGUGAAGCUUCAACACGUUGGUAUGAUUGCUGGUCGCAAGAUCAUCAAAGUCGAGGCCCUCAACAAGGAGACCGAGGACAAGGUUCUUCAGGGCGAGGCAGAGGUCGAGCAGCCAGUCACCUCCUAUGUCUUCACCGGUCAGGGUUCACAAGAACAGGGCAUGGGUAUGGAGCUCUAUGGAAGCAGCCCGGUUGCUCAGGAGGUUUGGGAUCGCGCUGAUCGCCACUUCAUGGAGAACUACGGUCUGUCCAUCAUCGACAUUGUCAAGAACAACCCCAAGGAACUCACUGUGUAUUUCGGUGGUCCUCGUGGUAAGGCGAUCCGCCAGAACUACAUGGCGAUGACCUUCGAGUCGGUGAAUGCGGACGGAUCUAUCAAGUCUGAGAAGAUCUUCAAAGAGGUCGAUGAGAACACCGCUUCCUACACUUACCGCUCUCCAACCGGUCUGCUCUCCGCCACUCAGUUUACUCAGCCUGCUUUGACUCUGAUGGAGAAGGCCAGCUUCGAAGACAUGCGUUCCAAGGGCUUGGUCCAGCGUGACAGCAGCUUCGCUGGUCACUCUCUCGGUGAAUACUCUGCCUUAGCCGCUCUGGCCGAUGUCAUGCCCAUUGAGAGCUUGGUGUCUGUUGUGUUCUACCGCGGUCUUACCAUGCAAGUUGCCGUCGAGCGUGAUGAGCAAGGUCGCUCCAACUACUCCAUGUGCGCUGUCAACCCCAGCCGUAUCUCCAAGACCUUCAAUGAGCAGGCCCUGCAGUACGUUGUCGAGGUCAUUGCUGAGACAACCGGCUGGUUGUUGGAGAUUGUCAACUACAACGUCGCCAACAUGCAAUACGUUGCUGCUGGCGACCUCCGUGCUCUUGACUGUCUCACCAACCUGCUGAACUUCCUGAAGGCGCAGAACAUUGACAUCCCUGCCCUCAUGGAGAGCAUGUCUCUGGAGGAUGUCAAGGAGCACUUGGUCAGCAUCAUCCAGGAAUGUGUCAAGCAGACCGAGGCCAAGCCCCGUCCUAUCCAGUUGGAGCGUGGUUUCGCCACAAUCCCCCUCAAGGGUAUCGAUGUGCCCUUCCACAGUACCUUCUUGCGCUCUGGUGUCAAGCCUUUCCGUUCUUUCUUGCUGAAGAAGAUCAACAAGACCACCAUUGACCCCAGCAAGCUGAUCGGAAAGUACAUCCCCAACGUGACGGCCCGUCCCUUCGAGAUCACCAAGGAGUACUUCGAAGAUGUCUACAAGCUCACCAACUCCCCCCGCAUUGCUUCUAUCCUGGCCAACUGGGAGAAGUACGAGGAGGGUAACACCAAUGUUGAAAAAUGA